AUGGUUGUGGCCCACACCUCAACGAUCGCCUCAGCGGCGGAUGCGAUGCCGACUAAAAUGAAGAAAAAUCGCCGCAAGAUCUCGCGCAAAAAUCCUAACAAAGCCAUCCCUUCGGGACCAUCCUUCUCAACUAAGCAUCGCGAAAACGCCUACGACAAUGACGAAGAGAUGGAAGUAGUUGCUCCAGAGCCUCUAUCUGCAGAUGCCGAGAUAUCAUUAGACGAGGAGGCGAAGGACGGGGAUGACGAGCUAAUGAUCGACUCACAUCCUUCUCCCCUUCUUCCUGCAGGCGGCGCACCAGCCUUUCCACCCGUCGCCACAGGUGCCGAGAAGACACUACUGAAAUCAGAGACACGACGUGUACCGAUUCCCCCACAUCGGAUGACACCACUAAAGAAGGAUUGGUUGAAUAUCUUCGGACCGUUGACGGAGAUCUUGGGCUUGCAGGUGCGGAUGAACGUACAGCGGAGAUGCGUCGAGAUCAGGACCUCAAAACACACAAAAGAUAUUGGUUCCCUUCAAAAAGGUGCCGACUUUAUCAAAGCUUAUGCUCUUGGUUUCGAUGUGAAUGACGCCAUCGCCCUCCUACGCUUGGACGACCUCUACCUCGACUCCUUCGAGAUUAAGGAUGUCAAAACCCUGCACGGCGACCAUCUAUCACGAGCGAUUGGCCGUAUCGCCGGUCAGGAUGGAAAGACCAAGUUCACGAUAGAAAAUACUACAAGAACUCGUAUCGUCCUUGCCGACACAAAAAUCCAUGUUAUGGGUUCUUUCCAAAACAUCAAGAUCGCCCGAGAUGCCAUCGUCUCCCUCAUUCUUGGAUCCCCACCAGGAAAGGUGUAUGCUGGCCUGAGGACAUCUGGCAUCGAUACACCCUCGCUCUCGCCCCAGAGAACAAUGUGUGGAAUUCUCGGCUUGCUUCUCCAUGAUCCCUCGAUAGAUGCAGCCCCAGAGAUCUGCGAGGGUCUAUCUCUUCUUCAACACAGAGGCCAGGAUGCGUGCGGUAUCAUCACUUGUGGUCCAAAGGGUCGCUUCUAUCAAUGCAAAGCCAAUGGAAUGGUCCGUGACAUCUUCGACGUCAAUUCCAUCUCUCGCCUGAUCGGUGGAAUGGGCGUCGGUCAUGUUCGCUAUCCAACCGCAGGAAGCUUCAACAAUGCUGAGGCUCAGCCAUUUUAUGUCAACUCUCCCUACGGAAUUGUUUUUGCCCAUAACGGAAAUCUCAUCAAUACGGCUAAUCUCAUGCAAUUCAUGGAUCAGACGGCGCACAGACACAUCAACACGGCUUCAGACUCGGAACUCCUACUCAACAUAUUUGCCUACAACCUACAACAGACCGGAAAGUUUCGUAUCAACGAGGAGGAUAUCUUUACGGCUAUCGGCGGGAUGAUGUCGCAAGUAAAAGGGGCUUAUGCCUGCUGUGCUAUGCUUGCGGGAUUCGGAAUUAUCGCAUUUCGUGAUCCCAACGGCAUCCGACCUGUAGGACUUGCGACAAGGAAAGUUGGAGAGCACCUGGACUAUAUUAUCUCUAGUGAGAGUGUUGUGGCGGAUGCAGGUGGAUUCGCAGAUUGGGAGGACGUGAAACCUGGCCAAGCCGUUAUCAUCACUCGAAACGGAAUCUCUCGGAGGCAGAUCGCACCUCCUGCCACUUUCGCUCCGGAUAUUUUUGAAUACGUCUAUUUUGCGCGUCCCGACUCCGUCAUGGACGGUAUUAGUGUUUACCGCAGUCGGAUGGCGAUGGGCGACGCCCUUGCUGAUCAGGUCAAAACAGUUUUGGAAGCAGCGAACAUCAAAGUCGACGUUGUCAUUCCGGUUCCUGAUACAUCAAGGGUAGCUGCGUUGAAUUUGGCUCAAAGGCUUAACCUUCCCUACCGCGAGGGUUUCAUCAAGAAUAGAUAUGUCGGGAGGACUUUCAUCAUGCCUGGUCAGCAAAUGAGGAGAAAGAACGUCCGCAGAAAGUUGAACGCUAUGGCUCUAGAGUUUGUGGACAAGAAUGUGCUCAUUGUCGAUGAUUCUAUUGUCAGAGGGACGACCUCCAAAGAGAUCAUCCAGAUGGCCAAAGACGUUGGAGCAAAGAAGGUAAUCAUGGCGAGCUGUGCCCCACCUAUCCGGUCAGUCAAUUAG